AUAGGUGCCUCGGGGGUGGGGGCGGGUGCGCAGGCGGUUUCUAAGGUUUGUAGUUCUCUGAUGUCUAAGUUUAGCCAGUUUCUCUAGACCUGUCGUCAGGAAAGGAAGCGCGUCCUCCCCCGGGUCCCCCAGCAGCCGGGCCUUGAAACGGCUGCGUCAGGUUCCCUGGUUAAUUCGCUCAGAGAUACUGCUGAGAGCGAGCUACCCGCUAGGCGCGCCGCCUAGGUACCGGGGAUAUGGUGGGGAGGACGGCCCCCUGCUCUCACGGAGCUGACUUUCCAGUAGGGAAGACCGAACUGAAGAAAAAGUGCGAGGAGCCCCAGAAAGUAUUAGAGCAGCGCGCCGAGAGCUGUAGGGGACUAGGAGGAGACCGGAGGGGCGCCUCCUGGCUGCGGGAACCUCUCCCGCAAAGGCUGUCGGCCAGAAAGCCCCGAAGCUGUAAAGGCCCCUGAGGCUGGAACAGAGGAAGUUCAGGAGUGUGGGGUUCCAGGCGAGGCUAGAGGGGUACGCGAGGGUCAGAUCCUGCAAAGCCUAGUAGGCCACGAUAAGGACCUGGGGGUUUAUUAUAAAAGCAUGGUGUACUUUAAAGGGUUAAGGAGGGGAAUGAUACCUAGAUUUGUGUUUUUGGUUCUCGGGCUGCUGUGUGGAGAAUAGAUUGUGUAGGGUGGCCAGAGUAGAAACUGGGAGGCCACUGAGGAGACUGUUGCAGGAAUCUAGGGAGGGAGGAUGAUGUCUUGGCUGCAGGUGGCGGUAGUUGAGAGGGAGAGAACUGUAUGGAUCUGAGAUAUACUGGUUAGGUAAAAUUGCCAGAAUUUAGUGAUGGCAUGGAUGCGGAAGGCGAGGGAGGGGAGGUGUCAAGGAUGGGUCUCCCUAGAUAUAUGGGGAAGAUUCUGCUUGCUUUGGGUUACUCACCCCCUGGGAUAUGAGGGAGAGUGGCUUGGCUGAUCUCGUACUGGUUAGACUGGGCUUAGCUCUGUGAUUUCAGUGGAGCAUCAAGAUGAAAGCUGUAAAAAGGACAGGAGUAGAAAAGACCUUGGCAUGGUUUCUUCAUUUAAACCAGACACUAACACCACCCUUAACAUGAUUGUCAGGCUACUUUUAGGCUAAGAGAAAUGAGAGUGUUGGCCAGACUGUCCCAUGUGUGUUCAUGGGAGCCUUUUCUAUUCAUUGGCAGAUUUAGAGGUUCCAUGGGAUAACCUUUUUGAGACCUAGUCCUUAGUUGUGCAGAGAUGAUCAAUUUCUCACGUGGAAGAGAGCUCAAAUUCUGAGUGAGAUGACCUCGAUCUUGCGAAGCCCUCAGGCUCUCCAGCUUACUCUGGCCCUGAUCAAGCCUGAUGCAGUCGCUCACCCACUGAUUCUGGAGGCUGUUCAUCAGCAGAUUCUGAGCAACAAGUUCCUUAUUGUACGAAUGAGAGAACUUGUGUGGAGGAAAGAAGAGUGCCAGAGGUUUUACCAAGAGCACGAAGGGCGUUUUUUCUAUCAGCGGCUAGUGGAGUUCAUGGCCAGUGGGCCACUCCGAGCCUACAUCCUUGCCCACAAGGAUGCCAUCCAGCUCUGGAGGACGCUGAUGGGACCCACCAAAGUGUUUCGAGCACGCCACGUGGCCCCAGAUUCAAUUCGAGGGAGUUUCGGCCUCACCGACACCCGCAACACCACCCAUGGCUCCGACUCUGUGGCUUCAGCCAGCAGGGAGAUUGCAGCCUUCUUCCCUGGCUUCAGUGAGCAGCGCUGGUAUGAGGAAGAAGAGCCUCGGUGGCGCCGUGGCCCUGUGCUCUACAGUCCGGAGGGAGGCAUCCACUAUGCAGCCGGCACAGGAGGCCCGGGGCCAGCCUGAUGCAGGCCUGGCAAUCUGUGAAGACUGGUGGCGUGGCCAAGCCUUUUGUCUUGUCCCUCCUGUCCAGAGCACUGUCCUAGGGCCAGGGAGGCCUGGGGCUCAUGGCGCCAUCUCUGCUAGGCACCGCCACCUGCCUGAGAGCCUAGCUCCUCACCACCACUGCCUCUAGAAUCUAUCUACCUCUUUGCUGGAAUGUUUGUGGGUGGUUCAGAGGAACGAUGGUUCCUCUUUUUGCUGAAAAUUGUUCAUUCCUUUUCAAGGAGGCGCUUGCCUCAGUGACUCUGCAGUGACUCUGUAAGGCAAUAUUUGGCCUGUCUUCCUCAAUACAAGUCAGUAUUCCACUGAAUCCUCAAGGCUGGGAGCCCUGCUCUAGGUGCCUUCUCUCCAUCCUUAACUGGAGUCAUUAAACCUGUCCCAAAGCCAACUUUCUCCCUAUGCCAAGUGAAGAAAGAAUUGUAUAGAAACCCAGGAAGUCCACACACACACACACAGACACACACACACACAGCUUAUGUUGUGUAUAAAGGAACCCGGUGACAGAGCUGAGUGUGGGCUCCAAUCCAUGCUGUGCACCUGGCACAGGGCUGCGUCCUGGAGGAAGGGGCAGCUUUUAUUUGAAUAAAGGUGUGUCUGUCCAGUAGAGGCAUGUUUUUUUGAUUCACUUUUUUCUGAUUUGCACAAAGCCACUACAACGUCUUUGUUGUAAGCCAAGGACAUCAGUUAUCAAUUGCUGCAUGAUUAAUCACCUCAAAAUUUAGUGGCUUAAGAGAAUAAUGAUUUGUUCUUAUGUGUCGGUUGAUUGGCUGGGUGAAUCCGCUGGUCUCACUUGGACUCACUCGUGGCUGCAUUCAGCAGGUGGGUCCAACGUGGUCUUUCAUUUUGAGCUUCUUCAUAGCACGGUUAUUUCAGGGUUCUAAGAGGGCAGGCCCCCAUUCACAAGCUUUACCAAGCUUCUGCUUGUGUCAUGUUUGCUAACAUCCCAUUGGCCAAACCAAGCCACAUGGCCAAGCCCAGAGUCCCUUUGGGAAAGGCCUGCAUACCGACAUGGAUAUUGGGAGGUGUGAAUUAUUGGGGGCCAUACUAUGACAAUCUACAUCACUGAGAAUAGUGAGGAGCCUUGAAUUUAUAUAGAAUUUAUGAAAACAAGUAUUUGCACAAGCCAACAAAGGAGAUGAAGAAAUAGAGUAAGAAGGUCCAAGUCCAAAUUCCAGGUUCAAGGUACAGUAGCAAGGUCCAGGUCCUGGUCCAGGUCCAAUGUCCAAGUCUAAUGUCAAGUACAAAGUUGCAGGUCGAAUUCAUGUCUUAAGUUUCAGGUUCAAUGUCUAGGAGUAGGUCAAAGUUCAAGACAAGUUCAUGUCCACAUCCAGGUCUGAAGUCUAAGCAUUAGGUCCAGAUCCAGAGUCCAGGUAUGAAGUCCAAGUUCUCUUAGAAGUUCAGGUUCAAGACCCAUAUUCGAGUUUAAGAUUCAAAUUCAGAUUUAUAAGCAAAGAUCAUGUCUAAGGUCAGGACCAAGAUCCAGGACCAUCUAGGUUCAUCACUGAGAUCUGAUGUCUAGUUUCAAGGUCCAAAUUCAAAGAUCAUGUCAAUGUCCAAGGCCAAGAACUAGGUUGAGAUUUAAAGUAUGAUUUAAGGGCUAAGGAUCAGAGAUCAAAGUUUAAAAUACAAAUUCAAGGGACAACAACAAAAAAACCUUUUUCGUCAACCCUAGGAAAACACUCUGUGCCCAUUAAGUAAUCUCUCCAUUCCCUCACUCCUUCCAUCCCGUUAAACACUAAUCUGCUUUCCAUUUCUAAGGAUUUGUCUAUUCUGGAUUUAGCAUAUAAAAGGAAUCAUACAA